GGUGGGGGGCCUGUAGCCGGGAGGCGGCCGCGGCCUGGGAAGCGCUGCUGGGGCCAGGCCCGGUGCAGCCCGUACACGCAGUCCCGCUCGCCGCCUUCUCCGCCCCCCCGCACCUGCUUGCUCGCCGCGGGCCGGCGCGGCGUGGCGUACUCGGUAACCAGGGAGCGACGCCGGGCGCACCGAGGCGCGGAGCAGAGCGGUACAGUGCGGAGCGGCGGCCAGAGGUGCUGAGGUUGCUUGCCUGUGUUGUUCACUGGUGCUGUGAGGGCUGGCGUUAGACUGGAGGCAUCUGACUGCCCCAGUCAGAGGGUUGAACCCUAAAAGAUCCUCAUCUCACUGAAAACACUGUCUUGGAGGGAGAGCUCUGUCAGGGAAAGUGGACUCGCUGCAAAGAGAUCAUGGCCUCAUCCCGACUAGUGGCAAGAUCAAGAGAUAUUGCUAAUGUCAUGCAACGACUUCAAGAUGAGCAAGAGUCAGUGCAGAAAAGGACUUUCACAAAGUGGAUCAACACCCAUCUGGCUAAGCGUAAUCCUCCUAUGCUGGUGAAUGAUCUGUUUGAAGAUAUCAAAGAUGGGGUAAUGUUAAUUGCCCUUUUGGAGGUUCUUUCAGGGCAGAAGCUGCCUUGCGAGCAGGGACGUCAGCUGAAGAGAAUUCAUUGGGUUGCCAACAUUGGCACAGCUCUUAAAUUUCUAGAAGGAAGACGGUCCAUAUACAGAGGAUCUCCGAUUAAACUUGUCAACAUAAACUCAACUGAUAUUGCUGAUGGAAGGCCUUCUAUUGUGCUUGGCUUGAUGUGGACCAUAAUUUUAUAUUUUCAGAUUGAAGAGCUUACAAGCAACCUCCCACAGCUGCAGGCAUUGUCAGGCAGUGCUUCCUCUGUGGAGAGCGUUGUCAGUUCAGAAACUGCAAGUCCCCCAAGCAAACGGAAGGUGGUAACCAAGGUCCAAGGAAGUGCCAGGAAGGCUUUGUUAAAAUGGAUACAAUACACAGCAGCAAAGCAAGUUGGAAUUGAAAUCAAAGAUUUUGGACAAAGCUGGAGGAGUGGUGUUGCAUUUUAUUCCAUUAUCCAUUCUAUCCGUCCAGAUUUAGUGGAUAUGGAGAAAGUGAAGGGAAGGUCAAACAGAGAAAACCUGGAAGAAGCUUUCACAAUUGCAGAAGCAGAACUAGGAAUUCCAAGGCUCCUUGAUCCAGAAGAUGUGGAUGUUGACAAGCCAGAUGAAAAGUCCGUCAUGACCUAUGUAGCCCAGUUUUUGAAGUACUGUCCUGAUCCUCAUCAUACAGUGCCUGAUGUGCAGGAGAAUGAUAAGGAAGACAGACUGAUGCUGCGAGACCUAAAAGUGUGGGCAGAACAAUUUGAAAGAGACUUAGCCCGAGCACAAAUGGCAGAAACAAGCUUACAGGAGAAAUACCAGUCAUUUAAGCACUUCAGAGUACAAUAUGAGGCAAAAAGGAAACAGAUUGAACGUGUAACCCAGUCCUUAAGGAAAGAUGGUAAAUUAUCACUUGAUCAAGCUAUGGUGAAGCAAGCAUGGGAAAGAGUUUCUUCCAGGCUACUUGAUUGGCAUAUACACCUUGAUAAAUCUCUUCCUGCGCCUUUGGGAACAAUAGGUGCUUGGCUGUAUAGAGCAGAGGCUGCUCUGAGGGAAGAAGUAACUAUUCAGCAAGCUCAUGAGGAAACAGCAAAUACAAUACACCGGAAGCUUGAGCAGCAUAAGGAUCUGCUGAAAAACAUAGAUGGUCACAAAAAGGCAUUCCAUGAGAUCCACGGAGCCAGGUCUGUUAAUGGAGUGCCUGUUCCACCUGACCAAUUAGAGGAUAUGGCAGAGAGGUUUAAUUUUGUUGUCUCUUCAUCUGAGCUCCAUCUGUUGAAGAUGGAGUUUCUGGAACUGAAGUACCGUCUACUGUCACUCCUAGUUCUUGCAGAAUCAAAAUUAAAAUCGUGGAUUAUCAAAUAUGGAAGGCGAGAGUCAGUGGAAUUACUUCUUCAAAAUUAUAUUUCUGUAAUUGAGAACAGUAAGUUCUUUGAGCAGUACGAAGUUACUUACCAGAUCUUGAAAAGAGCAGCUGAAGUGUAUGCCAAAGCAAAUGGCUCAGUGGAAGAAGUUGAAAAUGUCAUGAAAUUCAUGAAUGAAACAACAGCACAGUGGAGGAACCUCUCAGUAGAGGUCAGAAGUGUAAGAAGCAUGUUGGAAGAAGUAAUUGCUAACUGGGACAGAUACAGCAGCACUGUGGCAGGUUUGCAAGCUUGGCUGGAAGAUGCAGAAAAAAUGCUGAAUCAGCCUGAACCGUCUAAAAAGGAUUUCUUCCGGCAUUUACCUCAUUGGAUCCAACAGCACACAGCCAUGAAUGAUGCUGGUAAUUUUCUGAUUGAAACAUGUGAUGAGACCAUUUCCAGAGACCUUAAACAGCAGCUUCUAUUGCUAAAUGGAAGAUGGAGAGAACUGUUUAUGCAAGUUAAGCAGUAUGCUCGAGCAGAUGAACUGGACAAAAUGAAGAAGGAAUACUUGGAUGGUGUUACCCAUUUGACAGCUUUUAUUGAUGGAAGCAAUAGGAAAUUUUCAGUCCCUGUAGAAGUGGCCUUCCUUGAUGUCAAAAUGUUUGUACAAGAUUUAGAAAAUAUUAAGCAGAAACUGCCUGCAAUGGAAGCUCAGUACAAAGUGGUUACAAGAACAAUGCAACUUGUUACAAAAGAAGUUUCCCAAGAGGAAGCAAAUGACAUGCUUGGAACUUUGACAAGGAUUAAAGAGCAGCUGAGCAAGGUUAAGGAGUAUUCCUGUGCCCUGAUAUAUGAAUGCCAGCAUCUGCUGUCUCCACUGGAAGAACUGGAGAAACAAAUCACGCACUUUUAUGAAUCUCUUGAAAAAGUGAAUGAAAUAAUUUCUAUCCUGGAUCCUGAAGCACAGCCUACAACUGUUCUUAAACAAAAAGCGCAAGAUUUGGUAGCCUAUCAAGAAAACUGCAAGAAGGAUUUGUCCCUGAUUGAGAGAAAUAGUCAGAGUAUCCUGCAGUGUGUGGCUUCGAGUGAAUUGUUACAGCAUUUCCAUCAGACAACAUUUCAGAAGAAAGUUACGCAAGUUCAGAUUACUUUUCAGAAUAUGGUCAGGAAAGCUGGUGACUGGAGAAAAAACAUAGAAGCAAAUAGCCGUUUGAUGAAGAAAUUUGAGGAAUCUAGAGCAGAACUGGAAAAAGUAAUACAGAUUGCCAAUUGUUGCUUAAAAGAAAAAGGAAAUCCUGAAGAACUUCUCAGGAAACAUAGCGAAUUCUUCAACCAGUUGGAUCAGAGGGUCCUAAAUGCCUUUCUGAAGGCAUGCGAUGAACUUACCGACAUCCUUCCAGAACAAGAGCAGCAUAACCUGCAGGAAGCUGUGAGAAAACUCCAUAGGCAAUGGAAGGAUCUUCAGACGGAAGCCCCAUAUCAUUUGAUCCACUUGAAGAUUGAAGCACAGAAAAGCAAGUUCCUUGUCACAGUGGAGGAGUGCAGAGCUGAACUAGCUCGACAGAACAAGGUGUUAUCAAGAGAAGGCAAUGAAAGGAUGAUUGAGGAGCACAUGUUGUUCUUUGGUGACAAGGGACCUUACCACCUUUGUGAGAAAAGGCUACAACGGAUUGAAGAACUGUGCCAAAAACUGCCAGUUACUGAUCCAGUGAGGGCUACAUUGGAAAGCGGCCAAAGAAUCCUGAAGGAGCUGAAAUCCCAGAUAAACAACACAUACAUAAGACUAACAGAGUACUCGGACACCUGGAAGAGCUACAGGAAAAGAUUUUCUGAAUUAGCAAACUGGAUUUCAUCAACAGAAAGAGAGCUAAAGAAGAUAAAGGAAAGUGUCAAUGAUACUGCCAAAUACAAGCAAUGUAAAGCAUCCGUGGGGGAAAUUAGGAAUCAUAUUAAGAAGCAAGGAGAAAAUCACAGCUGGCUGAAAUCUAGACUUGCUGUUUUGACCACAGCAUGUCCUGAUUUGGAGGCCAAAGAGACAGAGGAUGAGCUUUGUAAACUUUCCAGUGACUUCAAGGGACUCCUAGAUUUGCUGGCUGAGGUUGAAAAGACUGUAGGCACUGUUGGAGACUGUGUCCAGUACAAAGAAGAAGUUAAAAGUGCAAUUGAGGAAUUAAUCAGCAAUUCAAAAGAAGCCCAAGCAGAGGCUGAAAAGAUCCUGGAUACAGAAAGUUUAUUGCAAGCUCAGCAACUACUACUUCAUCAUCAGCAAAGGACAAGGAGACUCCGUGCAAAGAGGCAAGAUGUGCAACAACAGAUUUCCCAAGCUAAACAGUUGCAGAUUGAUGGUGGGCUGCCCAGCACAAUGCAAGAGGAUUUACAAAAGUUAGAAGGAACAUUGGAGAACAUGCAACAGACUAUGGAGAAACGUGAAGAGCAACUGCAGGUCACCAUAAAUAAAUGGGAGCAGUUUGAAAGAGACAAAGAAACAGUAGUAAAAUAUCUCAAUCAAGCAAGCUCUGCACUUGAACGUAUCUUAAACUUUAGCAGUUUAGAGAGCCUCUCCUCAGAACUGGAUCAGACAAAGGAACUUUCUAAACAGACUGAAGCAAUGGCAAUGCAAGCUGAGAAUCUGGUGAAGAAUUCUUCUGAGAUACAGCUUGGUUCAAAGAGCAAGCAGUUCCUUCAGCAGCAGGCAAAAUCAAUCCAAGAACAAGUGAAAAAAGUGGAAGCUACUCUUGAAGAAGAUAUUAAAAGCAUGGAAAUGGUGAAAAACAAGUGGGAUCAUUUUGGCAGUAAUUUUGAAGCUCUGUCCAUCUGGAUAGCUGAACAAGAAAAAGAACUGGAAACUUUGGAAACAUCAUCAUCUCCUUUGGACAUACAGAUCAGCCAAAUCAAGGUUAUUAAUAAAGAAAUAGAUGGUAAAAUAACUGGAAUCUCAAAGCUAGAAGAGGAAGCCAAGUCUUUUUCCCAGUUUGUUACCUCUGGAGAAUGUGCACAUAUUAAAGCCAAACUGACUCAAGUCAAAAGGUAUUGGGAAGAGCUAAGAGAUCAUGCACAGAGACUGGAAGGAACAAUCACAGGGAAUGCAUCAGUGCAGCAGAAAUACGAAGAAAGUCUUAAACAGGUGCAGCAAACAGUGUCUGAAUUUGAAGCUAAGCUAGCUGAGCCUCUUACAUCAUGCUCUUCAUCAUCAGCAACAUACGCAGCCCUUCAGGAUUACACGGACCUUUGUCAUACUGUGGAAAAACUGAGCAAUGCUCUGGCCUCUCUCUCAGCCUGUGCCCGAAAGGUGGCCAACAGAGAAAAAGCUGCUCAGGAGGUUACAGUAUUACAGCAGAAAUAUGAAAAGGUGCUUGAAAAUGCUAAAGAGAAACAGACCUUAUUAGAAACUCUUCUGGCUCAGUGGCAGAAGCAGGAGAAGGAGCUGUCUGUGUUCCUGACCUGGUUGGAGGGGUGUGAAGCUACAGCCAGGCCUUCUGAACAGUAUGUUUCUGCUGACAGAGUUAAACUGGAAAGUGAACUGCAGUCACUGCAGGAUUUGCGGGCAGAUGCUGAGUCCCAUGCUUCAGUCUAUGCAAACCUAUUGCAGUUAAAUGAGUCACUGCUCCCAACGGCUUCCAGACAUUGUGUGAAAACAAUGAAGGAAAAAUUUGAAGAGCUGGAUAAGAGGUGGAAAGCUUUACCACAAACUGUUGAUAAAAGGAUCAACUUCCUUCAGUCUCUUGUUGCUGAGCAUAGGCAGUUUGAUGAGCUCCUGCUCAGGUUUUCAGAUUGGAUUAAGCAGUUUCUUGCUGAACUACAAGCCACUUCAGAGAUAAGCACAGCUGAUCAACAACUAGCUGCAUCUCACAAUAAGAACCACUCAAUGGAAGUCGAAAGUAAGAAACAGCAGUUACAGAGUCUGAAGGAGCAUGUAGACAGACUGUGUUCUUUCAGUUGCCCAGAAGACCAGCAGACAUUGCAGGGAAAGACUGAAGAUUGCUUUCAGAUCUUUCAGGAGGCAAGUCAAAUAACUAGCCAAAGGCAAGAGGCUCUGGAUCAGCUGCGGGUAUUCCUGGAGCUCCAUAGUGCUGCAUCAAGAGUGCUCCACCAGCUGAGGCACACAGUGGAGAAAACAGGAAACAUGGAUAAAGCUAAAUCUGAAUUACUGGAGAAGGAACUCAAUAAUGUAAUUCAAAAUCUUAACAAGCUGGAAUCUAUUGCCAUCAGUUUGGAUGGCUCCCUUACUAAGGCCCAGUAUCAUCUAAAACAUAGUGUUUCUGAGCAGAGAACUUCCUGCAGGGCUGUGGUGGAUAAUCUGUGCUUGGAACUAGAGGCAGUUCAAAACCUGCUGGGAACUAAACAGAGUGAGGCAGAAGCGCUUGGAGCUUUGCAAAGAUCUUUCAUGGAACAUAAAGAACAGCUCCUGAAGAGUAUUGACGAUAUUGAGGAAAAGGCUGACAAGGAGGGCCUGAAGGAGGCAACACUACAAGCCCUCCAGCAAAGAUUAAGGAUCUUUAACCAGUUAGAUGAAGAAUUGAAUUCUCACCAACACAAACUCCAGUGGCUCAUGGACAAAGCAAAACAAAUAGCCCAAAAAGACACUGCACUCGCUUCUGAGAUUGACAAAGAGAUAAAUCGCUUAGAAUCUCUGUGGGAGGAUACCAAGAAAGUUAUACAUGAAAAAAAGGAGCAGUCUUGCAUUCUUAUUGAUCUGAUGAAGGAAUAUCAGAGCUUGAAGACAACAAUAAUGAAAGUCAUAGACAGUGCUGAUAGUGCUUCAGUGAUCAAAUCCAUUUGGAAGGACCGUGAAGACAUCAAGCGAACUUUAUCAAAGCACGAAGCUGCCAAGAAUGAACUGAACAAUAAACAAAAAGAGCUGGAUACUUUCACCAAUAAAGGAAAACAUUUGUUAGCAGAAUUGAAAAGAGUACAUAGCUGCAAUUCCACUGCGGUAAAAACAGACAUGAACUGUAUUGUGGACAAAUGGCUAGAUGUAUCUGAAAGAAUUGAAGACAACAUCGACCGUCUGAGCGUAAGUUUGUCUCUGUGGGAUGACAUCCUCAAAACUGGAGACGAAAUCGAUGUAUGGUGCAAUAAGUCCAUUUCUCAACUGAAUGAAGGCAUCAGCAACUUAAGUAACAGUCAGAGAAUGGAGGUUCUCCUGAAAGACUUCCAGUCUGAAAUCAAGGCUAAAGAGCUGAAGUUGGAGCAGCUUAGUUCCAGAAUUUCAGAUCUCAAAGAACGGAUCCAUAGUCAAGAGCCUCCUGCAGAUCUCCAGUUUGUAGAAUCAGACUUGAGGCAGAAGUUGGAACAUGCCAAAGAAAUGUCAGAGACAGCAAAAGAGACACUGGAAGAUUUUAGUACUCAGAAGAUGCAGUUACAGAAGUUUAUUGAUCAGAUGACAGACUGGUUAACAGAAGUGGAAGAAACACUGUUAUGCUGCGCACGUAACCUGGAUCCUGAUGCUCUAAAUAAAGUGAAGGAAACACAAAAAGACCUUCAGCUUCAGCAGAGCCGUAUUGACUCAACCCGUGAGAACCUCAACAGUCUGUGUCGCAAGUACCAUUCUGUAGAGCUGGAAACUCUUGGUGGCACUGUCACUUCGUUAAUAAAGAAAUAUGAAGCUGUAAAUCUGCUCUGUUGCAGAACACAGGCUAGCAUGCAAGAGUCCUUGGAAAAACAUUUCCUCGAUUCAAUGCAAGAAUUCCAGGAAUGGUUUUCUGGUAUGAAGGCUGCAGUAAAAGAGUCAUCUGAUAGGUCUGGAGACAGCAAAGCCAUAGAGGCAAAGCUACAUGACUUGCAGAGUGUGCUGGAUUCUGUUAGUGAGGGACAGAACAAGUUAGAUGCUGCCUGUAAGGAAGGAGAAAGUUUGUCUGCUUGCUUACCUAAACCAGUUGUGAGCCAUAUUCAGGAACAAAUUGUGAAGUCUAACCAGAACUUCCAGGAAUUCCUCAACCAGUGUCUGAAUGAUAAGAAGUCCCUGGAAGCUUGUGCUUCGCACCUGGAAAGUUUUGAAGAUCAGCACAAGAAACUUGGCUUGUGGAUACGUGACAUGGAAGAAAGAAUAAGCGCAGAAGCGUUAGGAGAGAACAAACAGCUUAUUCCUGAGAAGAAAAAGGAGGUGCAUAAAGUUGAAAAGUUCCUGGAAGAGUUACUGAACUCAAGGGAAUCUUUUGAUAAGCUGUCCCAAAUGGCACAGACUUUAAAUGAAGAAGGCCAUGGUGCAGGGAGGGAAGUGCGCCUGGCUUCUCAGCAUCUCACUAAUUAUCAAAACAUGGUCAAAACUGUCAAGAAGAAGCUACAAACAUGUCAGCUUGCACUCCAAGAACAUCUCACUCUGGAGGAGGCAUUGCAGAGUAUGUGGUUAUGGUUGAAAGAGAUUCAAGAUAAACUGGCAUCAUCAGAGAGCACUCUUGGUAGCAAAGACACACUAGAGAGACGGCUGACACAAAUUCAGGAGAUCCUCUUACUUAAAGGUGAUGGUGAAGUUAAGCUGAACAUGGCCAUCGGCAAAGGAGAACAAGCACUUAAAAGCAGCAGUGAGGAAGGACAAAAGGUGAUACAAACCGAGCUACAGACACUGAAGGGUGUAUGGAAUGACAUCAUCAGCACCUCAGUGAACUGGCAAAGCUGCCUAGAUUCUGUCAUUAGCCAGUGGAAUGAAUAUCUGGAAAGGAAAAACCAGCUGGAGCAGUGGUUAGAGAAACUGGAUCACAAAGUGGAACAGCCUUUAGAACCACAGAUUGGUCUGAAGGAGAAAUUUGCUCAGCUGGACCACUUCCAGGCUAUUGUUUCUGAGAUAGAGAAUCACUCUAGUGAUUUACAGCAACUCAUUGAAAAGGCUGUGGAACUGUAUGAAAAAACAGAGGAUGAGUCUUUUGGAGAAGCAGCUCAAGAAGAACUAAAAACACAGUUUAAUGACAUCACAACUGUAGCCAAGGAAAAAAUGAGGAAAGUGGAAGACAUCGUGAAGGAUCAUUUGCUAUACCUUGAUGCUGUGCAUGAAUUCACAGACUGGCUCCAGUCUGCAAAGGAAGAGCUACACCGUUGGUCAGACGCAUCUGGAGAUACAUCAACUAUACAGAAAAAGCUGGCUAAAAUCAAUGAGCUGGUAGAGUCCCGGCAGAGCGGCGCGGGCCGCCUGGGCCGAGUGGAGACGCUGUCCCCCGGCGCGAAGCGCGGCACGACGGCCGGUGGGUGCCAGCUGCUGGCGGCAGAGAUGCAGGCCCUGCGGUCGGACUGGGAGCAGUGGGAGGAGAGCGCCCUGCGGAGCCAGCGCAGCUUGCGGGACGUGCUGAGCCAGAGGACACUGUCCGAGCGUGAGUUCGCGGCGCAGGCCGCGCGGCUGGAGGAGGCCGCGGAGCGGCUUGGCGGGCUAUUGGCCGCUUCCUCCCGGAGCCUGGCUAUCCUCGACAGCGCGCACACCGACGGCGAGGUUGUGGAAAGCUGGCGCAAGGAGAAAGAAACAUUGGAUACUCUGGUAAAGUCUGAACAUAUGACAGAUGAGCUCAAAACUCAGUUAAAUGAUCUUUGUAGAUUUUCCAGAGAUUUGAGUUCUUAUUCUUCAAAAGUUUCAGGGCUGAUUAAGGAGUAUAACAGCCUCUGCUUGCAAGCUUCAAAAGGAUGUCAGAGCAAAGAGCAGAUUUUGCAGCAAAGAUUUCGGACAGCUUUCAGGGACUUCCAGCAGUGGCUGGUCCAUGCAAAAGUCACCACAGCCAAAUGCUUUGACGUGCCUCAAAAUAUCAAUGAAGCUUCAGCAAGCCUGCAGAAAAUACAGGAAUUCUUAACAGAAAGUGAGAAUGGGCAACAGAAACUUAACCUGGUAGCAUCCAAAGGAGAACUCCUGUGCUCUGUUUUAACAAAAGAAAAGGCUGAGGUUAUCCAGGACAAAUGUGCUACCGCUAAAGAAGAUUGGAAAAAUUUUAUCACCACCCUCCACCAGAAGGAAUCUGCAUUGGAGAGCUUAAAAAUCCAGAUGAGGGACUUUGAAGCAACUGCUGAGCCUCUGCAGGAGUGGCUGACCACAACUGAGAAGAUGGUACAAGGAAGUAGCAGUCGGCUCCAUGAUCUUCCUUCCAAGAGGAGAGAACAGCAAAAGUUGCAGUCUGUCCUUGAGGAAAUAAGCUGCCAUGAGCAUCAGCUCAACAGGCUAAAAGAGAAAGCUCAGCAGCUGUGGGAAGAGCAAGCUGUCAGCAAAAGCUUUAUGCGCAGAGUGUCUCAGUUGUCUUCUCAAUAUCUUACUCUAAGCAAUCUGACAAAGGAAAAAGUUUCAAGAAUGGAUAGGGUGGUAGCAGAGCACCAGCAAUUCUCACACAGUAUCAAAGACCUCGAGGACUGGGUGGCUGAUGCAGUUCAUAUGCUGGAUUCCUAUUGUCAUCCCACUGCAGACAAGAGUGUUCUGGACAGCCGGAUGCUAAAGCUAGAGGGACUGCUAGCAGUAAAACAGGAAAAAGAAAUCCAAAUGAAAAUUAUUCUGACAAGAGGAGAAUCUGUUCUGCAAAAUACUUCUCUGGAGGGAGUACCAGUGAUUGAACGGCAGUUGCAAACCCUGAAAGACAGCUGGUCUUCUCUUCUGUCUGCUUGCAUCCACUGCAAGAGUCAACUGGAAGGAGCUCUCUCCAAAUGGACGAAUUACCAGGAUGAUGUUCGUCAGUUUUCCAGCUGGAUGGAUAAAGUAGAAGCAAGUAUGAAUGCUUCUGAAAUGCAAUAUGCUGAACUCAGGGAAAAAACAGCUGCCCUCAGCAAAGCAAAGCUACUCAAUGAAGAAGUGUUGAGUCACAGCAGCCUGUUGGAGACAAUUGAAGUGAAAGGAAGUGGGAUGGCUGAGCAUUAUGUCACUCAGCUUGAACUUCAGGACCUUCAGGAGCGGUAUAAGUUCCUCAAAGAUAGAACAAGGGAGGCAGUAACAAAAGCUGAAGGGCUGCUUCACUUACAUCAAGCUUACCAGAGAAAUCUGAAGGCCUUUGAAGUAUGGCUAGAGAAAGAACAAGAAAAACUUGACCAUUUAUCACAUCUUGAUGGUGAUGCUCAGAAACAGGAGGCAACACUCCGAGACUUACAGGAGCUGCAGGUCCACUGUGCAGAAGGACAAGCACUACUGAAUGCUGCUGUCCAUGCCAGAGAGGAGGUGAUUCCCUGGGGCAUUCCUCAGAUAGAAGACCGAGCCCUGGAAUCCUUGCGGCAGGAUUGGCAACUUUAUCAACACAGACUUUCUGAAGCAAGAAGCCAAUUAAAUGUUGCUGUGAGCAGACUGAGGUUAAUGGAGAAAAAAUUUCAGAAGGUUAAUGAGUGGCUAACAGACCUGGAGGGGAAAGUUGCUGUCAGGACUGGGAGGCAGUCUGGUAGAGCAACAAAGGAGAUGCAGCUUCAACAAAUGAAGAAGUGGCAUGAAGAAAUUACGAUCUACAAAGAUGAUGUGGAGGAAGUUGGGGUAUUGGCUCAGCAAAUACUAGAGCAAAGUCUCACUUCAAGCAGAAUGGGAAGCCAGGCUACGCAGCUUACAUCACGCUAUCAAACUCUUCUUCUUCGUGUUUUAGAGCAAAUAAAGUGUCUGGAAGAAGAAAUACGCUGUAUAGAAGAGUCAGAAUUGGCUUUUAGUGCUUACACAAAUUGGUAUGGAGCUACUAACAAGAACUUCAGGAAUGUGAUCACCAAGUUCGACAUGGUUGAUAAAACAGCAAUGGAGAAAAAAGUGCAGAAACUAGAGCUGCUAUUAAGUGAUAUGGACAUAGGCCACAGUUUACUGAAAUCUGCUCGAGAGAAGGGGGAGCGAGCUAUAAAGUACAUGGAGGAAAAUGAAGCUGACCAGUUAAGAAAAGAAAUUGGAGAUCAUGUGGAACAUCUUGAAGAACUGGCUGGCUCCAUCAGGAAAGAGCACAUGACUUCAGAGAAGUGUCUUCAGCUGGCAAAAGAGUUCUCAGACAAGUACAAGGCACAGACUCAGUGGGUCAUGGAGUACCAAGCCAUAUUACAUGCUCCUGUGGAGCCAAAGAGUGAACUCUAUGAGAAGAAGGCCCAGUUGUCCAAAUACAAGUCCAUACAGCAGACUGUUCUGUCCCAUGAGCCUUCAAUAAAAUCAGUGAUUGAAAAGGGAGAAGCACUUUUUGAUCUGGUGAAUGAUGUGAUUCUAAAGAACAACAUUCAAGACCUUCAGAGCAGUUACCAGGAGCUCUGCAGCACAACAAAGGCAUAUGUUGAAACCUUAGAGGUAAGAGUAAAAGAACACGAGGAUUACAACAGUGAUUUGCAAGAAGGGGAGAAAUGGUUAUUACAUAUGUCCAGCAGGCUGGUUAGCCCUGACCUCAUGGAGAGUAGCAGUCUUGAAAUAAUCACUCAGCAACUAGCUAACCACAAGGCUAUCAUGGAAGAAAUUGCAGGAUUUGAAGAUCGUUUGAACAACCUUAAGAGUAAAGGUGACUACUUAAUCAGUCAAUGCACAGAACAUCUUCAAGCAAAAUUUAAGCAAAACAUACAAAGCCAUCUUCAGGGGGCAAAAGACAGCUACUCUGCGAUAUGUAGUACAGCCCAAAGAGUAUACCAGAGUUUGGAAAAUGAACUCCAAAAACAUGUUAAUCAUCAGGACACCCUACAGCAGUGCCAGACUUGGCUGUCUACAGUGAAAUCAGAGCUAAAGCCAACUACCUGGCCACCCUUCAGCUUGGCAGAUGCAGUUAAACAGGUAAAACAUUUUCGGGCUCUGCAGGAGCAAGCCAAUACAUACUUGGAUCUUCUGUGUUCGAUGUGUGAUCUGUCAGAUGCCACAGUGAAGAGUACAGCAACAGAUAUUCAACAAACAAAACAAAUGAUUGAGCAACAGAUAAUGCACUCACAGUAUUUGGCUCAAGGCUGGGAGGAGAUCAAACAAAUGAAGGCUGAGCUCUGGAUAUAUUUCCAGGAUGCAGACCAGCAACUACAGAAUUUGAAAAGGAGACGGGCAGAGUUGGAGCUAAACAUUGCCCAGAAUAUGGUACUCCAGGUUAAGGAAUUCAGACAGAAGUUGCAGUCAAAGCAGUCAGCGCUUAGCUCUGUGACUGAGAAGAUGAACAGACUAACACAAGGACAAGAAUCUCCUGAACACAAAGAAAUAGGAGAACUGAGCAAUCAGUGGCUGGACCUCUGCCUUCAGGCACAUAGUUUGCUCGUACAGAGGGAGGAGGAUCUGCAGAGGACAGGGGAUUACCAUGAUCGCAUGAACAUAGUUGAAGUUUUCAUGGAAAAGCUUACAAAAGAGUGGGACAACCUGGCUAGAUCUGAUGCUGAAAGUACAAACGUGCACCUUGAAGCUUUGCAAAAACUGGCACUGGCACUACAGGAAAGAAGAUUUGCUUUGGAAGAGUUGAAAGAUCAGAAACAGAAGAUGAUAGAACAUCUGAAUCUUGAUGACAAAGAAUUAGUAAAGGAGCAAUUUGGUCAUUUUGAGCAACGCUGGACUCAGCUAGAGGACCUUGUCAAAAGGAAAAUUCAAGUUUCUGUUUCAACCUUAGAAGAGCUCAGUUUGGUGCAUUCCAAAUUUCAGGAACUAAUGGAAUGGGCAGAGGAGCAACAGCCUAGUAUCUCAGAGGCUCUUAAACAGAGUCCACCCCCAGAUUUGGCUCAGAGUCUUCUCAUGGAGCAUCUUACAAUUUGCAGUGAACUUGAAGCCAAGCAACUUGUUCUGAAGACACUUGUGAAGGAUGCUGACAGGGUGAUGACCAACCUAGGGCUCAAUGAAAGGCAGGAGCUGCAGAAAGCACUUUCUGAUGCACAGCACCACGUAGCUUGUCUCAGCAAUCUGGUUGGGCAGAGAAGAAAGCACCUGAAUAAAGCACUGUCUGAAAAGACCCAGUUUCUCAUGGCAGUCUUUCAGGCUACAAACCAAAUUCACCAGCAUGAGAAGAAGGUAACAUUUCUGGAACACAUUUGUCUGUUGCCAGAAGAUGUGAACAAGCAGAUCAGGACUUGUAAGAAUAUCCAGGCUAACCUAAAGGCCUAUCAAAAUGAAGUCACAGUGUUGUGGGCUCAAGGAAGGGAUUUAAUGAAAGAAACAACAAAACAAGAGAAGAGUGAAGUGUUAGGUAAACUACAAGAGCUACAGAAUGUGUAUGAUGCUGUUUUACAGAAGUGUAACCAGAGAUUGUUAGAAUUGGAGAAAAAUAUGGUUUCAAGGAAAUACUUCAAAGAAGACUUGGAUAAAGCUUGCCACUGGCUAAAACAAGCUGAUAUUGUCACAUUCGCAGAAGUCAAUGUAAUGAAUUCUAACUCUGAACUAUGCAGCCAGUUGGCAAAAUAUCAACAGAUUCUUGAACAAUCUCCAGAAUAUGAAAAUCUGUUACUUGCACUACAAAGAGAUGGCCAAGAAAUCCUACUGUCACUUAAUGAAGUAGAUCGUUCUUAUCUAGAUGAGAAACUUAACAUUCUCCCUCAGCAAUUUAAUGCUGUCACUGCUCUGGCAAAAGAAAAAUUGUAUAAAGUUCAGGAAGCAAUUUAUGCUAGAAAAGAGUAUGCUUCUUUGAUUGAGUUGACAAGUAAAGCUCUGACUGAACUAGAAGAUCAGUUUAUUAACAUGGACAAAGCUCCAGCUGCUGUUUUAGUCAAAGAAGCUGUGUCAUUACAGCAGGCCUACAGAGGUCUCUUAGGUGAAGUGGUGAGCCUUGGUGCAGCAGUGGAUGAACUAAACCAGAAGAAGGAAGCCUUUAGAAGCACUGGCCAGCCAUGGCAACCAGAUGACAUGUUAAAACUUGCCACACUGUAUCACAAGUUGAAGAGGCAGAUAGAACAGAAAAUCAGUAUGUUGGAAGACACAGUUGAAGCAUGCCAGGAGCAUGAGAAAAUGUGCAUGCAAUUUGAGGCACAACUAGAGGCAGUGAAGAAAGAACAGAUUAAAGUAAAUGAAGAAACACUCCCAAUAGAAGAAAAGUUGAAAAUAUACCAUUCUUUGGUGGGCAGCUUGCAAGACUCAGGGAGUCUUCUGAAACGAAUAACUGAACAUCUAGAAGCAAUUUCGCCUCAGUUUGACUCAUCUGCAUGUGAGACAGCAAACCAACAAGUGCAGUCUUGGCAAGAGAAACUGAAGUCUUUGCAUGCUGCCAUUGAUGAUACUGUGAUGGAAUGCGAGAACAGACUUGUGCAAAGCAUAGACUUCCAGACAGAAAUCUGUCGCUCACUUGACUGGUUGAGAUGGGUGAAAACAGAACUUAAUGGAACACUGAGUUUGGACCUCAAACUGCAAAACAUCCAAGAAGAAAUCAGAAAGGUUCAGAUACAUCAGGAAGAAGUGCAGUCAAGCUUGAGAAUAAUGAAUGCACUAAGCAAUAAGGAGAAAGAGAGAUAUACAAUAGCAAAGGAGCUGAUACCUGCUGACCUAGAAGAUGCUCUUGCUGAGCUGACAGAACUAGACAGUGAAGUUCAAGAAGCUAUACACACAAGACAGGCUACCUUGAGUAAAUUACAUAGCCUCUGCGAAAGAUACUACCAAGUGAUGCAGAUAGCAAAUGACUGGCUUGAAGAUGCUCAGGAAUUUCUGCAUUUAGCAAGGAAUGGUCUUGAUGUUGAGAACUCUGAGGAGAACCUAAAGAGCCACAUUGAAUUUUUCAGCACAGAAAGUCAGUUCAGUAAUCAUUUGAAGGAGUUACAGAACCUUGUGUCUGAGAUAAAGCCCUUUAUCCAAGCCACAGCAAGAGAGCAGUUAAUGCAGAAUGUGGCUGCAUUGGAAGAAAAGGCCAAAGGGACAAAACAAGAAGCCAAAACCCAGCAAGAGCAGUUGCAAAGGUGUACUUCUGAGUGGCAGGAGUACCAGACAGCAAGACAGAAGGUUAUUGAAGUGAUGAAUGAGGCUGAGAAAAAAUUAUCUGAAUUCUCAGUAGCUAAAGCUGCUUCAUCUUAUGAAGCAGAAGAGAAAUUGCUAACGCAUAAGAAUCUUGUGUCUGUAGUGAAUUCUUUCCAUGAGAAGAUCACAGCCCUAGAAGAAAAGACUUCACAGCUGGAAAAAGUUAGCAAUGAUGCCAGUAAAGCAACUAUAAGUAGAUCCAUGACAACAGUUUGGCAGCGCUGGACACGGCUCCGGAAUGUAGCCCAAGAGCAAGAGAAAAUUUUGGAAGAUGCAGUGCAGGAAUGGAAGGAUUUUAAUGAUAAGAUUCAGAAAGCCACCAUAGCAAUAGAUGAGCUACAAGGUCGCUUACCAGAAAGCUCAGUAGAGAAGGCAUCCAAGACAGAACUCCUGGAACUCUUGGAUUACCACAGCAGUUUCCUUCUGGAGGUGGAGCGCCAGCUGUCAUCUUUGGGCCUGCUCAAACAGCAUGCUGUCAGCAUGCUUCAGGAUGUGGAAAUAAAGCCUCCGUCUCAAGAGGAACUACCAGUCAUGCAAGAAAUCAAAGCAAUGCAAGAUCGGUGUCACAAUAUGCAACAGAAAGUGAAAAAAGGUGUGAAGAUGGUGAAACAGGAGCUGAAGGAGCGUGAGGAGGUUGAAGCAGAGAUUAAUAUUGUGAAGUCUUGGAUCCAGGAAACAAAAGAAUAUUUAUUAAGCCCUGAUGUAGAAGUGGACACUCAACUUCAGGAGUUGCAGUCUCUCCUUGCUGAAGCAACUACUCAUCGUCAGGCUGUUGAAAAAAUGGCUGAACAACAACAGAAUAAGUAUUUGGGACUUUAUACCAUUUUGCCUUCUGAACUCUCUCUUCAUUUAUCAGAAGUUGGGCUGGCCCUUGUAAAUGUACAGGAUCAGAUUGAAGCCAAAGAAAGAGAAACUCAGCAGAUCAAAACAUUGAAUCAAGAGUUUGGUCAGACAAUUCAGGAGAUAGCAAAUGAACUAAAUGCCAUUCUUUCCAAACUGAAAAAGAAAACAAAUGAUAUAGCACAAGCUAAAAUCGAGCAAAAGAUCCUUGGUGAAGAGUUGGACAGCUGCAAUAUAAAGCUGUUGGAAUUAGAUGCAUCAGUCCAGGACUUUGCAGAACAGAACACACCGCUGGCUAAGCAGCUGGCGAACAGGAUAGCAAAACUCACGACAUUGCACCAACAGACUAUACGGCAGGCUGAAUACAGAGCAGCCAAGCUCAGUCAGGCUGCUUCACACUUGGAAGAAUACAAUGAGAUGCUGGAGUUCAUCUUGAAAUGGAUUGAGAAAGCAAAUAUUCUAGUGCAUGGUAGUAUAACAUGGAAUUCUUCCUCUCAGCUUCGUGAUCAGUUUAAAGCUUACCAGACCAUGCUUGAUGAGUCUGGAGAGAUUCAGGGUGACCUUGAGGCCAUGAGCGAGAGGAUUGAGUAUCUGGCAAGUGUAUACUGUACUGAAGGCAUGUCACAGCAAGUGCUGGAACUGGGACGGCGGACAGAGGAAUUGCAGCAGGUUAUCAAAGUGCAACUACCAAAUCUCCAAGAUGCUGCCAAGGACAUGAAGAAAUUUGAAGUUGAGCUGAGAGCCCUGCAGGUUGCUCUGGAGCAAGCCCAGGCCACACUGACCUCUCCAGAACUUGGACUUCUGAGCUUAAAAGAACAGCUCUCUCACAGACAGCAUCUGUUGUCUGAAAUGGAGUCACUGAAGCCAAAAGUUCAUGCAGUACAAGUCUGUCAGAGUGCCCUGAGGAUUCCUGAAGAGGUGGUCACUGGCCUGCCAAUAUGCCACAGUGCCCUCAGGCUCCAAGAGGAGGCCAGCCGCCUGCAGCACACUGCCAUUCAGCAAUGCAACAUCAUGCAGGAAGCAGUGGUUCAGUAUGAGCAAUAUGAGCAAGAAAUGAAACAUUUACAGCAAAUGAUAGAGAGUGCCCAUCAUGAGAUCCAAGACAAACCAAUAGCAACUGGCAACAUCCAGGAGCUUCAGGUCCAGAUUUCACGUCAUGAGGAGCUGGCUCAGAAGAUCAAAGGAUACCAGGAGCAAAUUGCUUCUUUGAAUUCAAAGUGCAAGAUGCUGACAAUGAAAGCAAAACAUGCCACCAUGCUGCUGACAGUGACAGAAGUGGAGGGGCUUUCAGAGGGAAUGGAGGAGCUGGAUUCAGACCUGCUCCCAGCACACUCUGCUCAUCCCUCGGUGGUUAUGAUGACUGCUGGUCGCUGUCACACGCUGCUCUCCCCUGUCACUGAGGAAUCUGGGGAGGAGGGAACCAACAGUGAGAUUUCUUCUCCACCUGCCUGUCGCUCUCCUUCACCUGUGGCUAAUACAGAUGCUUCUGUUAACCAGGACAUUGCUUAUUACCAAGCCUUAUCUGCUGAACAGUUGCAGACAGAAGCUGCUAAAAUUCAACCCAGCACUUCAGCCACCCAGGAGUUUUAUGAACCAGGCUUAGAAACAGCUGCUAGUGCCAAAUUGGAUGAUUUGCAGCGUUCUUGGGAAACACUGAAAAAUGUGAUCAGUGAAAAGCAGCGUACCCUCUAUGAAGCUCUUGAACGUCAGCAGAAGUAUCAGGACACACUCCAGUCUAUAUCCACAAAAAUGGAGAGCAUUGAGACCAAACUAAAUGAGAGUCUGGAACCAGCCAAAAGCCCAGAGAGCCAGAUGGCUGAACAUCAGGCUUUGAUGGAUGAGAUUUUGAUGUUACAAGAAGAAAUCACUGAGCUUCAGACAUCAUUAGCCCAUGAGCUGGUUUCAGAACCACUGGAUGCAGAAGCUGCUGAUCAGCUGGCAUUGCAAUCCACUCUCACGGUCUUGGCAGAACGAAUGGCCACAAUUCGAAUGAAGGCAUCAGGAAAACGACAACUAUUAGAGGAAAAACUGAAUGAGCAGCUGGAAGAACAGCGGCAAGAGCAGGCUCUUCAAAGAUACCGCUGUGAAGCUGAUGAGCUUGACCACUGGCUAUUAAAUACCCGUGCAACACUUGACAGUGCUCUGGUUGCUCCUGAGGAACCUAUGGACAUGGAAGCACAGCUGGUAGACUGUCAGAAUAUGCUGGUUGAAAUAGAGCAGAAGGUGGUAGCCUUGUCAGAGUUGUCUGUGCACAACGAGAACUUGCUUAUGGAGGGGAAGGCUCAUACCAAGGACGAGGCAGAGCAGCUGGCUGUGAAACUCAGGACACUGAAGGGCAGCCUUUUAGAGCUGCAGCGAGUGCUCCAUGACAAACAAAUCAACAUUCGGCAGGGAUCAUUACAAGACAAGGAAGAGAGUGAUCUAGACUUUGGUUCCUCACAGAGCCCCAGUGUCCAAGAAUGGCUGGCACAAGCAAGAACUACUCGCUCACAGCAACAGCAGAGCACCCUGCAGCAACAGAAAGAACUGGAGCAAGAGCUGGAAGAGCAGAAGAGUCUGCUUCGGUCAGUAGCAUGCCGUGGAGAAGAAAUCUUAACACAGCACGGUGCUCCAGAAGGCAUAUGUAUAAGUGAGAAGCCUGAUACACUUUCUGAGGAACUGGUCUUGGAAGGUGAGAAGCCAUCAUCUGAAGAACAGAUGAAAGUGAAAUGGGAAAGCCUGAACCAGGAAUUCCACACAAAACAGAGACUGCUUCAGAAAGCUCUAGGACAAGAACAGCUGCAGUUUUAUAACAGACCAAACAGACUGAUAUCUGGAAUGCCUUUGUAUAAGAAAGGACAGGAUGAAGCUAAAUCCUCCGUGUCACCUGUAUUGGUUGAAUUGAGUCAGGUCUUUGAAGAUGUGUCAUCUGAGGUUGGACGGGCAGAAGAAAGCCUGCAACUUGAACAGAAGCUGUAUGAUGGUGUCACAGCCACAUCCCUGUGGCUAAAUGGUGUGGAAGAACAGGUCUUUGUUGCUACAGCCCUGUUGCCAGAGGAAGAAACAGAAACAUACCUCUUCAAGCAAGAGUCUCUUGUCAAAGAAAUCAAAGAAAUAACAGAAGAAAUGGAUAAGAACAAGAAUUUAUUUGCUCAGUUGUUUCCUGAGAAUGGUGAUAAUAGGGGUAUUAUACAAGACACUUUGGAUUGUCUCCUGGGAAGACUGACAUUACUGGAGUCAGUAGCAAACCAGAGAUGCUGUCAGAUGAAAGAACAUCUCCAGCAGAUAGUGACUUUCAAGAAUGAUCUGAAACUCCUGUUUACAUCGGUGGCUGAAAACAAAUAUUUAGUUUUGCAGAAACUAGCAGAGGCAGCUGAGAGACCAGAAACAGAACAAAUGCAGGUCAUACUGCAGGCAGAAGAAGGUUUGAAGGAGCUAGAUGCUGGAAUCAAUGAUUUAAAGAAGCGUGUAGAAAAGCUACAAAUUGACCAACCUUCUGUGCAAGAGCUGUCUAAGAUUCAGGAUAAGUAUGAUGAGCUGAUGAUGAUCAUUGGAUCCAGACGGAGUGACCUGAACCAGAAUCUGGCUCUUAAGAGGCAGUAUGAACGGGCUUUGCAGGACCUGGCUGACCUGGUAGAAACAGGCCAAGAAAAGAUGGCUGGUGACCAGAAAAUGAUUGUUGCUUCUAAGGAAGAGGUUCGAUCGCUACUUGACAAACAUAAGGAAUAUUUUCAGGGGUUGGAAUCUCACAUGAUCCUGACGGAAACACUCUUUAGAAAGAUGUGUAGCUUCGCCUUCUUGAAGGAAACUCAGUCACAUUCAGAGCUAAUGACACAAGCUUCAGCUGUAUUAAAGAUGGCUCAUAAACGAGGUGUGGAGCUGGAAUACAUUCUAGAGACCUGGGUGCAUCUGGAUGAAGAUUACCAGGAACUUACUAGGCAGCUGGAAUCUGUGGAAGAUAGCAUCCCCACUGUUGGUUUGGUGGAAGAGACGGAAGACAGGCUUACAGAGCGGAUUACGCUUUUUCAGCAUCUGAGAUCUAACCUGACUGAAUACCAACCUAAGUUAUACCAAGUGCUAGAUGAUGGAAAAAGGCUCCUUUUUUCUGUUAGCUGCUCAGAUCUUGAAAGCCAACUGAACCAACUAGGAGAACGCUGGUUAAGUAACACCAGUAAGGUUAGCAAGGAGCUUCAGAGGCUGGAGACAAUAUUGAAGCACUGGACAAGGUAUCAGAGUGAAUCAAAUGAAUUGACACGUUGGUUACAAUCUGCAAAAGACCGACUUGAGUUUUGGAGCCAGCAGUCUUUGACAGUUCCUCAGGAACUGGAAACAGUCCGAGAUCACCUGAAUUCGUUUUUGGAGUUUUCAAAAGAAGUGGAGGCUAAAUCAUCACAGAAAUCUUCUGUCCUGAGUACCGGAAACCAGCUCCUCAGGCUGAAGAAGGUGGAUACAGCAGCCUUGCGUGCGAGUUUGUCCUACAUUGACAGUCAGUGGACAGAGCUGCUCGCACAGAUCCCAGCCGUACAAGAAAAAUUGCACCAGCUCCAGAUGGACAAAAUUCCUUCUCGUCAUGCUAUCACUGAAGUUAUGAGCUGGAUUUCCCUGAUGGAAAACAUCAUUCAGCAGGAUGAAGAGAAUAUAAAAAAUUUAGUAGGACAGAAACAUAUUCAGGAUUAUGUCAAGAAGUAUAAGGGUUUCAAGAUAGAUUUAAAUUGCAAACAAUUGACAGUAGACUUUGUGAACCAGUCGGUGCUACAGAUUAGCAGCCAGGAUGUUGAAAGUAAACGGAGCGACAAAACUGAUUUUGCAGAACAGCUUGGAGCAAUGAACAGACGUUGGCAGAUUCUACAAGGCCUGAUAACAGAAAAGAUCCAGCUGUUGGAAAGUCUGCAGGAGUCCUGGACAGAAUAUGAAAAUAAUGUGCAGUGCCUAAAAACUUGGUUUGAAAUCCAAGAGCAGAAGCUGAAAGAGCAACAGAAAAUUGGAGACCAGGCUUCAGUACAGAAUGCUUUGAAAGACUGUCAGGAAUUAGAAGAAUCAAUAAGAACAAAAGAAAAAGAAGUUGAAAGUGUAGAACAGAGUGGUCUUUCUUUGAUACAGAACAAGAGGGAAGAAGUCUCUUCUGCUGUUAUGAAAACGCUGCAAGAAAUUAACCAUUCCUGGGCCAAUUUGGAGCACAUGGUUAGCCAACUGAAGAUAUUGUUGCAGUCUGUUCUUGAUCAGUGGAGCAUUUACAAAGUGGUUUAUGAAGAACUGAAUAGUUACUUGACAGAAGCCAGAUAUUCUUUGUCCCGUUUUUAUCUUCUUACUGGUUCUUUGGAAGCUGUGAAAGUCCAAGUUGGUAACCUUCAGAGCCUACAAGAUGAAUUGGAAAAGCAAGAAAGUAGCUUACAAAAAUUUGGUUCUGUUACCAACCAAUUGUUGAAAGACUGUCAAUCACCAGUGACUGAAACACUUACCAACACUUUGAAAGAAGUGAAUAUGAGGUGGAACAACCUUCUGCAAGAGAUUGCAGAGCGGCUGCGUGCCAGUAAGGGACUCCUUCAGCUAUGGCAGAGGUACAAGGACUGUUACCAGCAGUGCUCCUCCACAGUCUGUCAGCGGGAAGACCAGACCAAUGAACUCUUGAAGACUGCCACCAGCAAAGACAUUGCUGAUGAUGAGGUUACUGCGUGGAUUCAGGACUGCAAUGAUUUGCUUACAGAUUUGAAGACAGCACAGGAGUCACUGGUUGUUCUUCAAGAACUGGGAGAGGAGCUAAAAAGCCAGGUGGAAGCUUCAGCAGCAGCAGCUAUACAGUCUGAUCAUCUUUCUCUGAACCAGAAUCUGUCAACUCUAGAACAAGCUCUCCGCAAACAACAGGCUGUACUUCAGGCUGGAGUGCUGGACUAUCAAACCUUUGCCAAGAACCUGCAAGUCCUUGAGGCCUGGAUAACAGAAGCAGAGGAAAUAUUAAAAGAGCAAGAUCCUAGUCACUCAUCUGAUCUCUCAGCAAUACAGAGGAGAAUGGAGGAACUCAAGAGUCAGAUGUUGAAAUUCAGCAGCAUGGCCCCAGAUUUGGACCGUCUUAAUGAGCUGGGUUACAGGCUUCCUCUGAAUGAUAAAGAAAUCAAAAGAAUGCAGAAUCUGAACAGACAUUGGUCUCAGAUCUCCUCUCAGACUACGGAAAGAUUCAGUAAGCUGCAGUCUUUCUUGCUGCGGCAGCAGACCUUCCUGGAGAAAUGUGAGACUUGGAUGGAUUUAUUAGUUCAGACUGAGCAAAAGCUGGCAGCAGAGAUUUCGGGAAACUACCAGAGCCUUUUAGAGCAACAGAGGGCACAUGAGCUAUUCCAGGCAGAGAUGUUCAGCCGCCAGCAGAUUUUGCAUUCAAUUAUCUCUGAUGGCCAGCACCUUUUAGAACAAGGACAGGUGGAUGACAGGGAUGAAUUUAAUCUGAAGCUGACUCUUUUAAGUAAUCAAUGGCAAGGAGUAAUUCGCCGGGUACAGCAGAGGAGGGGGAUCAUUGACAGCCAGAUUCACCAGUGGCAACGUUAUAGGGAGAUGGCAGAGAAGCUGCGCAAGUGGCUGGUGGAAAUAUCCUGUCAGCCUGUGAGUGGGCUACGCAAUGUUCCUAUCCCAUUGCAGCAAGCCAGAGCACUACUGGAUGAAGUUCAGCUUAAAGAGAAAGUUCUCCUAAGGCAGCAAGGGAGUUACAUCCUCACUGUGGAAGCUGGGAAGCAACUGCUGCUCUCUGCUGACAGUGAAGCUGAGGCAGCCCUGCAGACAGAGCUUACUGAAAUUCAGGAGCGCUGGAAGAUAGCUAGCACCCAGCUGGAGCAACAAAAGAAACAGCUUGCCUUACUACUGAAAGACUGGGAAAAAUCUGAAAAGGGAAUAGCAGACUCCCUGGAGAAGCUAAGAUCAUUCAAAAAAAAGCUUUCUUGGCCUUUACCAGAACACCAUGAUGAGUUGCAUGCAGAGCAGAUUCGUUGCAAGGAGCUGGAGAAUGCUGUUGAAGGAUGGACAGAUGACCUUGCACACCUCUCUUUGCUGAAGGAGUCCCUGUCUGUAUAUAUCAGUGCAGAUGAUGUUUCAGUCCUCAGUGAGCGCAUAGAGCUUCUGCACAGACAGUGGGAGGAGCUGUGCCACCAGGUAUCCUUACGUCGACAACAAGUUACUGAGAGGCUGAAUGAGUGGGCUGUCUUCAGUGAGAAGAACAAGGAACUCUGUGAAUGGCUGACACAAAUGGAAAGCAAGGUUUCUCAAAAUAGUGACAUCCUCAUAGAAGAAAUGAUUGAGAAACUUAAAAAGGAUUAUCAAGAGGAAAUUGCUGUAACGCAGAAGAGCAAAAUCCAGCUCCAGGAAAUGGGAGAGCGGCUUGCUAAAGCCAGCCAUGAGAGUAAGGCAUCAGAGAUUGAGUACAAACUUAGCAAGAUCAAUGACAGGUGGCAACAUCUGCUAGAUCUUAUUGCAGCCAGGAUAAAGAAGUUGAAGGAGACCCUGAUUGCAGUACAGCAGCUGGAUAAAAAUAUGAAUAGCCUGAGGUCAUGGCUUGGCCACAUUGAAUCAGAGCUAUCUAAACCUAUCGUCUAUGAAACUUGUGACUCUGAGGAGAUACAAAGGAAGCUAAAUGAACAGCAGGAACUUCAAAAGGACAUAGAGAAACACAGCACUGGAGUGGCAUCUGUUCUCAAUCUAAGUGAAGUGCUCCUUCAUGACUGUGAUGCUUGCGCCACAGAAGCAGAGUGUGACUCUAUCCAGCAGGCUACACGCAACCUGGACAGAAGGUGGAGGAACAUUUGUGCAAUGUCAAUGGAAAGACGACUUAAAAUUGAAGAGACGUGGCGGCUAUGGCAAAAGUUUUUGGACGACUACUCUAGAUUUGAAGCCUGGCUAAAAGCCUCUGAGUUGACAGCUGCUUUCCCAAGCUCCUCUGGUGUGGUUUACACGGUUGCUAAGGAAGAACUCAAGAAAUUUGAGGCUUUCCAGAGACAAGUGCAUGAAAGUCUGACUCAGCUGGAACUGAUCAAUAAACAGUAUCGCCGCCUGGCCCGAGAGAACCGCACUGAUUCUGACUGCAGCCUCAAGCAAAUGGUUCAUGAAGGGAACCAGAGAUGGGACAACUUACAAAAGCGAGUUACCUCCAUCCUUCGCAGGCUAAAACAUUUUAUUGGCCAGCGUGAGGAGUUUGAGACAGCACGUGAUAGCAUCCUGGUAUGGCUAACAGAGAUGGACCUGCAGCUGACCAACAUCGAGCAUUUCUCAGAGUGUGAUGUCCAAGCAAAGAUAAAGCAACUUAAGGCUUUCCAGCAAGAAAUUUCACUGAACAACAACAAAAUUGAGCAGAUAAUUGUGCAGGGUGAGCAACUCAUUGAGAAAACUGAGCCCAUGGAUGCAGCUGUCAUUGAAGAAGAACUGGAUGAACUGCGCCGUUACUGUCAAGAGGUCUUUGGGCGUGUGGAACGCUAUCACAAGAAACUUAUCCGUCUUCCUCUGACAGAUGAUGAGCAUGACAUCUCUGACAGAGAAGUGGAUCUGGAUGAAUCAGCAGAUCUCUCUGACAUACACUGGCAUGACAAAUCUGCAGACAGCGUUCUCUCCCCGCAUCCUUCUUCCAACCUUUCACUGCCUCUUUCCCAGCCAGUGAGAAGUGAGAGAUCAGGGCGAGAUACACCUGCAAGCGUGGACUCUAUUCCCUUGGAAUGGGACCAUGACUAUGACCUUAGCAGAGACCUGGAGACAGCCAUUUCACAGACACUACACUCUGACGAAGAAGAUGGUGGGCAAGAGAAGGACUUCUACCUGAGAGGAGCAGCUGGUAUAGCAGAUGUAGAGAUACCUGAAACUCUUGAGGCCUAUGUAAAACUCACAGAAAACGCACUCAAAAAUAUCUCUGGAGAACCUGGUGCCUUGGAAGCACAUAUCCGACAGCUGGACAAGGCCUUAGACACCAGUCGUUUCCAAAUACAGCAAACAGAAAAUAUCAUCCGCAGCAAAACACCUACAGGACCAGAGCUGGAUUCCAGUUACAAAGGAUAUAUGAAGCUACUAGGUGAGUGCAGUGGAAGCAUAGACUCAGUAAAAAGGCUUGGAUAUAAACUGAAGGAAGAAGAAGAAAAAUUUUCUGGACUUAUUAACCUGAACAGUACUGAAACACAAACGGCUGGUGUAAUUGAACGAUGGGAAUUAAUCCAGGCUCAAGCUUUAAGCAAGGAGCUGAGAAUGAAGCAGAAUCUUCAGCAGUGGCAGCAGUUUAACUCUGACCUUAAUAGCAUUUGGGCUUGGUUGGGAGAAACUGAAGAGGAACUGGAGAAGCUCCGCCACCUUGAUCUCAGCACUGACAUACGAACUAUUGAGCUCAGAAUUAAAAAACUGAAAGAGCUGCAAAAAGCAAUCGAUAACCGCAAAGCAAUCAUCUUAUCCAUCAAUCUGUGUAGCUCAGAGUUCACUCAGUCUGACAGUGAAGAGAGCAAGAAGCUUCAACAACGCCUGUCUCAGAUGAAUGUGCGCUGGGACCACGUAUGCAGUAUGAUCGAAGAGUGGCGCUGCUCAUUACAGGAUGCAUUAAUGCAGUGCCAGGAUUUCCAUGAAAUGAGCCAUGGUUUGCUGCUUUGGUUAGAGAAUAUUGACAGAAGAAAAAAUGAGAUUGUGCCCAUCGAUACAAACCUGGACUCAGAUACGCUGCAGGAUCAUCACAGACUUCUACUGCAAAUCAGACGUGAACUGCUGGAGUCUCAGCUGAAGGUGGCAUCAUUGCAAGAUAUGUCCUGCCAAUUGCUAGUCAAUGCUGAAGGUGAAGACUGUCUUGAAGCCAAAGAAAAGGUGCAUGUCAUUGGAAACAGACUGAAGCUCCUCUUGAAGGAUGUCACACGUCAUAUUAAAGACCUAGAGAAAAUCCUAGACAUUUCAAGUAGUCAGCUGGAAUUGUCCUCAUGGUCCUCUGCUGAUGAAUUGGACACAUCAGGCUCAGUAAGUCCUGUAUCUGGAAGAAGCACUCCAAGCAGACAGAGAACGCCACGGGGCAAAUGUAGUCUCUCACAGCCUGGACCCUCUGUCAGCAGUCCACAUAGCAGGUCCACAAGAGGUGGCUCAGGUUCCUCCCCUUCUGAGGCUGGGCCAGCAUGGCGGCACCCAUCCUUCUUCCUCAGAGUCCUCAGAGCUGCUCUGCCACUUCAGCUCCUCUUGCUGCUCCUGAUUGGGCUGGCUUGCCUGGUGCCAAUGACCGAGGAGGACUACAGCUGUACUAUGGCCAACAACUUUGCCCGCUCUUUUCACCCCAUGCUAAAAUACAUGAAUGGUCCACCUCCAUUAUGAAGGAGACCUGUGAGACAGCAGGUGACCAUGCAGGAGUGCUAGCCGGGAGGCAGGAUGGUUUUAAAGGGUGGCAGGUUUCAGUGUGGCAGCUUUACCUACUUGCUGUAGCUGCUGCUGUGCUCAUAUCAUUCUUUGCUGGCACUCAGCUAGUAACGCAUCAGUAUAUCAGUAUCAGACUUCACAGUGUAUUACCUGUAUAGCAUUGUUCAAAUACUCACAUCCUGGGUACUGAGGAGGAUGUGACGUGUGUGAGGGAAAUGUCCUGUCCAGCUUUCUGGAUCUUCAGCCACUUUAUAUCUGGGUCAUUGCCCUGUACUAUGCAUAGCUAAGGACUUGGUACUGUAGAUCCUUUCCUGUGUGCUGCUCUAAAUGAGCCAUUAGCCAGUCUCUGUUAAAUACCCUCUUGAUAUCUACAGUAUACAAAAUAACCAAUGCUAAAGAAAUUUUAGAGCAUUUGUAACAUACAAUUUUAAAGGAUCUUGUAUGGCAAUGUAUUAUUCCCUGUGGUUUCUGUUUCGGGCAUGGUGUUCUAACUUUUGCUUUGGAUGCACAAGGUGUAAAUCUGAGAAGCACUUUUUUAAGGUUUAAAAAAAUGGAUGUAAUAAAUAAGAUCGUAAAAGAUUUUAUGAGGAAAAAAUUUGAAUGUCAAGUUGAAAAACAGAGAACAUAUAUAUGUACAGUUUGCUAAGCCAAGUUUUGUUUGUAUUGAUUUAUUUGCAUUUAUUAUAGAUACCAUAAAAUAUUUUGUCUACGUGCUUUUUAAUGACAAGUAUGGAAACCUCUAAGUUCAGAAUGAGAUAUGUAUGGUAUAAAAAUUAGAAGACGUACAUACGCUGCACUUCUAAAAUGGAUUAAAAAAUGCUGUAACAAAUUAAUGGUAUUAGGUAUAUGUUUGAAUGAGAUCUGGGGAACUUGACAAAUGUGAAGUACAUAGGAAAGUAUCAUGUUAGAAGCUGUGCUAAUAUUGAAAGCUGUUCAUAUUUUGAAUUGA